UGUGGUGUUCAGCCCCAAACUUUGCUCUUGUUUCUUCCUCCUGCAGUUGGGGGUAGAGCCAGUUGUGCAGAUCUCUGCAGCGAGCAGCCCAUUGAAGAGCCACCAGUGUCUGGGAGUCCCGCCGAAAUGAGCUCGCUCUCCUGAGCCUGUCCCAAGCCAAGUCCAUCCACCAGGUCUCAUCACAUCGCUGAGAUGUUUUUUAAUCACCCUGAGAAAAAUGAGCCUUGGCCUCCAGACACAAUAAAGCAAACCUCCUGUCUAUGGAGAGCAGUGCUGGUUCCUGAGGACCUGGGGGGUCUGCAGUUCCAGGGGGAUUAGCCAGAAGCAGGUUUAUUUUCCUGCUUAAAACAGGGCUACACACAGCUUUCAUUAUGUUUCACACCAACCUGAAAAAAAAGUUCAGCUACUGUAUCCUGGUCUUUCUCCUGUUUGCAGUCAUCUGUGUGUGGAAGGAAAGGAAGAAAGGGAGUUACUAUGGUUCCCUUAAAGUGCAAACCAAGGAAUUCCAGGUGCUCAAGAGCCUUGAGAAACUGACCACGGGGUCUGGUCCCCGGUCUGCAGCAACAAGCAGUACCCAGGUCCCCCACCGGCUCACCCAGACCCUCAGACCCAGGGUCCCACCCAAGGCCAAACUGCAGCCCACCUUCCAGGUGUGGGACAAAGACAGCUCAUCCAAAAACCUUGUCCCCAGGCUGCAAAACAUCCGGAAGAAUUACCUGCGCAUGAACAAGUAUAAAGUGUCCUAUAAGGGGCCGGGACCAGGUGUUAAAUUCAGUGCGGAUGCUCUGCGCUGCCACCUCCGGGACCAUGUGAACGUGACCAUGGUGGGAGCCACAGAUUUUCCCUUCAAUACCUCUGAAUGGGAGAGUUACCUGCCCAGGGAGAACAUUAGGACCAAGGCUGGGCCGUGGCGCAGGUGUGCUGUUGUCUCAUCAGCGGGAUCUCUGAAGUCCUCACAACUGGGCCAAGAAAUAGAUGAUCAUGAUGCAGUCCUGAGGUUCAAUGGGGCACCCACAGCCAACUUCCAACAAGAUGUGGGCACGAAAACUACCAUUCGACUGAUGAACUCUCAGUUGGUCACCACAGAAGGGCGCUUCCUCAGGGACAGUUUGUACAAUGAAGGAAUCCUGAUUGUGUGGGACCCAUCCAUGUACCAUGUAGAUAUCCCAAAGUGGUACCAGAAUCCCGACUAUAAUUUCUUUAAUAACUACAAGAGCUACCGCAAGCUGCAUCCCAACCAGCCCUUUUACAUUCUCAGACCCCAGAUGCCUUGGGAGCUGUGGGAUAUUCUUCAGGAAAUCUCCCCAGAAGAGAUCCAGCCAAAUCCCCCAUCCUCUGGGAUGCUCGGUAUCAUCCUCAUGAUGACGCUAUGUGAGCAGGUGGACGUGUAUGAGUUCCUCCCCUCCAAGCGCAAGACCGACGUGUGCUACUACCACCAGAAGUUCUUCGAUAGUGCCUGCACGAUGGGUGCCUACCACCCACUCCUUUUUGAGAAGAAUAUGGUGAAGUACCUCAACGAGGGCACGGAUGAGGACAUCUACCUGCUUGGGAAAGCCACGCUGUCUGGCUUCCAGAACAUUCGCUGUUGAGCACGGGCCCCUGGUCAGACAUCCUCGUUCUUCUCUAUCAGUCAUUUUAUGGCUGGUCCUUGGCUACGGUAGCCUGGGAGGAACAUUUUCAGGAGCAGUCUCAGCCAGCUGAUGGCACACAAGGGGCUCUGAUCAGCAGGGGCUCUGGAGCUUCCAGAGCCUAAGGCCAAGGAACCAGACCCAGCCUUCUUCAUAGCCACAGAGCUUGGGAGCCCAGCCUCCAGUUACACAGACAGAUACACACACCUAACAUCCUUUCUACACAGCAUCCUCUCUCUUUACACACAGGAAGGCGCAAGAUCUACCUUUCCCACCUGGGCUGCCAGAGCUGGGCUUUGUUUUCCCCAACAGAAUGAUGUUUUACUCAAAAACCAGCAUUCUAGGUCAUGAGAGCUCUACCUACAUAUUGAUAUUUUAAAGAAACCCCCAAAUCAUGAUUGUGCCAGAUGCAUGUGGCUCUGGGGUGCAAGUAGUAUGGGUUACUGGAAACAUCUCAGUUCCUCCAGAACAAAGUUGCACCCAUUAGCCCUGCCCUAGGACAUGAUCCUAUCUAUCAUGACUCUGGCUGGCUGGGCUUGUCCUCAGCCUGGAGUGUUUAUGAGCAAAGAGUUUAUUAGCCCACCAUCCCUCUCUAAGCAGAGAAGGCACGAAAAAAUAGUCUCUGUCCUCAAGUUCAGGCACUGACAGGCACUGGUGUGCUAACAUUCCUUGAGCUCAGAGCACUGGGGCUUGUGGAGGGAUGAACCUGCUAUCCACACACCCAGGAGACACACACUGUACACUGCGCCCCUGGUCCUAGAAAGCUUCAUAGAACUGGGGUGUUGCAGUGGGCCGCUAGGGAAGAGAAGAAACACGCCAGAUACAUUUCAUCUGAAUCACUUUAGUUUUCCUUCCUUUAUUACCAGUGUUUUACUCUCUAAGGUCUCCUAGAGUAUAGAGGCUCUGGACUUCUCUCUUUUUUGAGGAAUCCUCCUACCCGUGUUAGCAGGAAGUGUAGUACCACAGCAGGCACCAGACAAGCCAGAGCCCCUGAGCCCUGAUUGCUGUAGGCUUGGCCUAGCCUGGCCUUCUGCUCCCAGUGGGGUUUAUGCAUUGUUAUUCCAGCUCUUCCUUUUUUAAUGUCUACACCCUGCACCACUUCCUAACUGCUGUCAUU